UUGGAGUGAUUCAAUAAACGUUUGUUUAUUGUUAUUGGCAAUUAGUGGUCGCGAAUAAGGUAACGCGAAACGCGCUUUCCAGACGGACAUGCGGUCCGGAUAAUUCAUUUUUUCGGUGGCCAGAACAAUGUUCUUUUGUGCGGACGUCUGCGGCGGAUUAAUUGUGUGUGUUGGUGCCGCAACAAGGAAAUAUGUGUCAAGUUUUAUUAAUGUUUUACAUGUGCUGGAAACAUAAAUUAAAAGUACAGAAGAGCAACAAUGUCGAGCAUUAAAAAAGGCUCGACGCGAAGGUCCGAUGAUACAAUGGACGAUGAUUCCGACGACAAAGAUUCGAAAAGAAAAUCACGAAAUUUAAGCGAAAAAAAGCGACGGGAUCAAUUUAAUUUAUUAGUAAACGAAUUGAGUUCGAUGGUGUCGACUGGUGGUAGAAAAAUGGACAAAUCAACUGUACUUAAAUCAACGAUAUCUUUUUUAAAAAAUCAUAACGAAAUAGCUGUGCGUUCGCGGGUAAAUGAAAUACAAGAAGACUGGAAACCGACAUUUUUAAUAAACGAAGAAUUCACACAUUUAAUAUUAGAGGCAGUAGACGGUUUUAUUAUGGUAAUCUCAGGAUCAGGCCAGAUUUAUUACGCAUCCGAAAGUAUUACUUCUCUGCUAGGUCAUUUGCCUAAUGAUUUAUUGAACAUGACAAUUUAUCAAUUGGCAUGUGAGGAUGAACAAACGAACUUGUACAACGUUUUGCUCAGUCCGUCCGAAAAAGAGACACAAGUUACGUUUUUCUGUCAUCUUCGACGCGGUGGAUAUAACAGUAAAACACCCUGUUAUGAAUUAGUACAUUUCGUAGGAUAUUUUAGGUCAGAUGAAGACAUGAUCCAGGGUGAAAAUAGGUAUAGCGGUUACUCAGGAGAGGCAGACACAAGGUUAGUGUUCGUGGGUACGGGGAGAAUCCAAACACCUCAACUAAUAAAGGAGAUGCCCCUGGUGGAUCCAAGCAAAAGCGAAUUCACCUCCCGACACAGUCUAGAGUGGAAGUUCUUGUUUUUGGAUCACAGAGCGCCGCCCAUCAUCGGCUACUUGCCCUUUGAACUUUUGGGCACUUCGGGCUACGACUAUUACCACGUGGACGAUCUGGACAAGGUGGUGGAUUGUCACGAGGCCUUGAUGCAAAAGGGCGAGGGUACUUCGUGUUAUUAUAGGUUUUUAACCAAGGGACAACAAUGGAUUUGGCUGCAGACAAGAUUCUAUAUCACCUAUCAUCAGUGGAACUCCAAGCCGGAAUUCAUUGUUUGCACCCACAGGGUUGUCAGUUAUACGGACGUAAUGAAGAAGUGCAGAAAAGAAGAAGGGUUGGCAAGUUCGGUGGAUUCACCUCCUUCAUUAAGUGGAUCCGUGCCUUGGCCCAACAAAAGCGGGAAAAGUAAUAUUCGACAUGGGCCUCCUUCAGAUUGCACUUACAUGUCCGCUGAUUCACCGGGCUCAAGACAAUCUGUUAUGACACAACUUUCUGUGAAGUCAAGAACGAGUCCGCCGACCUCGCAGUGCAACACACCCUCCAAACUGCAGCAACCUAACCAAAUGCCGAAACAAUCACAAGCCCCGAAUCCGCCGCAACAAAUCGCCCCGACGCAGUUCCUGGAACCGCCCCAAUACGUUGCAGCCAUCCCCGUGCAACCGAUGUUGGCCACCUUUCCGUCGUCCGCCGUUCUGUCUCCUCUACCGGCCGUCGACAGUCUGAUCAUGAACCCAGGCCAAAGUCAGAGCCAACUCCAGGCCGACCUGCAGAGGAAACACGCCGAGCUGCAGGCCAUCAUUGGGCAACAGCAGCAGGAGCUCCGGAGAGUUUCCGAGCAGUUGCUGAUGGCCCGAUUAGGACUCUUACCCAAUCACGGACAGGCUGUGUCAAAUGUUUCACUGUUGUACCAAGCGAAUAACCCCGGCACUGUCAGCAGUACCACAACUUCAGUACCUGGAAUUCCUGCGGGUCCGCAAUCGGUUAUCGUGCCGGCCACGAUACCGCUCCCCGUGCAACAUCCGCACCACCAUCCGGCGCAGAAUAUGAUGUAUAACGCGCCGGACUCAAACACUCAACCGAAUAAAUGAAUUCGGAUGUUUAAUAUUAAUUUCGUUGUUGUGUUUAGUGUAAUAUAUGUAAAAAUAAUGUGUAUUCAUAUCAUGCUACCUCCUGUUUUUAUUUAGGAUUAAGGACAAUGGCGCACAAGUAUACCUUAUGGCCGACUACUGUUUUAUGGGUCAGUGUAAAGGAUUAUUUUUUUACUGUGACUGACUAUUUGAUAGCAUCCAAUAUUUUACGAGAAAAAUUUACGAUUUUGAUGACGUCUCCCUUAUUUUUUAGAUUGUAAACUUUUAAAUCACGAUUACAAACUUUGUUUGUUUAUUUGUUGUAACUUUUGAAUUUUGACAAUCGUACAUAAACCGACAGUGUUAGAAUAAACACUAAUCAAUAGAAAAUAAAUAUAUAGAUAACUUAUUAUCUUAUUUACAAUUUGGAAUUGACCAAUUAACGAAGUUAAUAAAGAAAAAAUUAUUAUAAUGAUUCAACUAAUAAUUAUAAAAUUCCUACAGUUAAUAAUAAUAAUGAUUUUUUAAUAUCCCCGUCAUGUCAUUAAUUAAAAAUAUUUAAUCAUUCAAUUUUUAGUUAGGUAAUGUUGUAAUGAUGUUUUUCCUAAAUAAAUAAAAGAAAUUAUUUACCUUGUGAUAUAUGUAAUACUACUAACAAUAUUAACAAUACAAUUAAUUUAAUAUUGUACAUAUACUGUUUAGUAUUUCUUAUAUACCUAUGUAAAAAUGAUAAAUCUUUUUAUAAAAA